UUCGAAGGUGAAAAAGAAAGCCCGAUGGAGAGAUCGCCGUCUUCCGUCCCCGAACAGCGCAUCUUCGUGGAUUUUGUUCCUUUAGAUCGAGUGGUUUCAUCAAAUGAAGCAGAGUUCUUUGUCGUUGAACUCCCAGGUUUUAGGAAGGAGCAUAUCAGUAUCCGCAUCAACGACUUCGGCAACCUGAAGAUCACCGGAGAACGCCCACUGGUCGGAAACCGAUGGAGCCGCUUCGUCAAGGAGUUCCAAGUGCCGGAUCACUGUAACGCCAGCGAGAUCAAGGCCGCGCUUGAGAACGGCCUCCUCCGGAUCGAACUUCCGAACUUCGCCGGAGGCAACCGGCAAGACCGGAAGCUUCGCCGGAGGCGAGAGAUGAUGGCCGGGAAAGUGGUCUGCGCCAGAGGACCGAGUCGAGAACGACGGAGCCCGUUGGAAGCAUCGGUCAGCCAUUAA